UCUCUUUCACAGUACUGGGCCGCGAGGAAGUCGCAAGAUGGCUGAUGUCGCUUGGAAGUAAUGUUCCCCUCUGCAACAUGAAGCCGUGAGUGUGGAAGAAAGCGAGGGAGGCACCAUCGGGCUUUUCUUUUUAUUUUCUUUCAGUUACUUUUAUUUUCUUUCGUCAAACAUCCAUCUCAUUCCGCGUCGUGUCCGCCCCGGACUUGUCUUCGGGAGUUGACGCGUCAAAUCACGCCGGGGACCCCGCCAGCAGCUAACGGCUAGCCACUGGUAGCAAACAGAAGUAGUCAAUUAGGCGCACUGCCUCUUCAACACUUUCCCCCUUUCUCAAAUCGAUAUUAAGUUACCGGUUAACCAGCAAGCUACUGCUAAACAUACUGAAAUUUCCCGGAAACAUUGUGGAAUAAAUGUGAAUAAUAAAAAUCAGCUGUCACAUGAAAAUAACUAUUUUUAAUCUCCUCGAUCUAACAUGAUGUCCGCGACCUAGCCAUCUAGCUUGUGGAUUUAUAACUAACGCGCAUCUGUUCACAUGCAUUAAUCAGUUAACCAGCAGAAUUAUUAUUUAACAUCCACCAAAUCGCCCGCAUUAACGUUACAUUCUGUAGACUAGAAUUUUUAGCUCGUGAUAAAGCAAAUGAUGGGAGCAGUAACUCUGAUUAACUUUAUCUGGUUGUAGUUACAGCACUGGCCCUGCUGGCAUCGUACCAAAAAUCCGUGGGGAUGGACACCAAAUCGAGUAGCCGCGACCAAAACUGAGAAACUAGCAAUAGAUAUUUCUGGAUAAUCUCCAUAGUCAGACUCACUAGUACUCAGUUACCCGUUUCAGAAACUUGGGUGACCGUUUAGUUGUUUUCAGCUUGAACUCAACAGUUUUUCACCAUAUCGGAGACAAGUUAGCUUGCCUGGAGCUAACUAGUCUCUCCCGUUAACACAUUACCACCACGGCGUACAGAGCGUACUCAGACCCGGCUCCCGGCCAGACACACCGGCUCAAUAACACCGUCAUGGGAGUUCAGGGAUUUCAGGAAUAUUUAGAAAAGCGGUGUCCCGGAGCCGCAGUCCCGGUGGACCUCCUGAAGCUUAUCCGCACCGCGGCCCGCCAGCCACCUCACCAUCACCACCCACACCUCCACCCUCAUCACCCCGGGCCCAUGCCUCCCCCGCCCGCACCUGCCAGGAUUCUAAUCGACGCUGACUCCAGCCUCCAGCGCCUGUAUGGAGGCUACCAGACGGAUUGGGUGUGCGGAGGCGAAUGGAACGCCAUGCUAGGCUACCUGGCCGCCCUGUCGCAGGCCUGUCUGUACCAGGGUGGCCUGGAGCUGGUCGUGGUUUUUAACGGCACGCUGGGAAAGGAGCGCUGGCCGGAGUGGGCGCGGCGAGCCCAGGGCCAGCGGCAGACAGCGCAGCUGAUAGUCAACCACGUCGGCAGCAAGGCCACCCCGCCUCCUCGGGCAUGGUUCCUGCCUCCGGCUUGCCUCAGCCACUGCGUCCGCCUCGCCAUGUUUCGCUUCCGAGUGCGGGUUGUACAAACGUUGGAGGACCACCACCAGGAAGUGUUAUCUCUUUACCGGGACUAUGGAUUUGCAGGUCUGAUCGCUCAGGACUCAGAGUUUGCUCUCUGCAACAUACCUGCCUACUUUUCUUCGCACACGCUCAAACUGAGCUGGAACGGAAAGAACCUGACCACACACCAGUAUCUGCUGUCUGAGGCCGCCAGGCAGCUGGGGCUAAAAACACAGCAUCUGCCACUGUUUGCUGCUCUGCUGGGAAAUCAUAUUUUACCUGAUGAAGACAUGGCUGCCUUCCACUGGAGUCUGCUGGGACCAGAGCAUCCUCUAGCUUCCCUCAAGGUGCGAGCCCAUCAACUGGUGCUGCCCCCCUCUGAGGUGGUGAUCAAAGCUGUCUCUGAAUAUGUCUCCUCCAUCAAAGACCUGGGAAACCUGGAUGCCAUCGCCAGAGAUGUUUUCAAACAGUCCCAGUCUCGUAUGGAGGACAAAGUUGAGCGCUUCAAGAAAGCAGUGGAGUACUUCUCUGCUGCAUCCAAACCACGUUCACCUAACAUGGGGCCCUCCUCUUUCAUUUUACCAGGAUUUGGACCCACUCCAUUUGGGGGCCCACCUGGUCACAUGGGACCGAUGCAGCCUGGAAAGAAUCAGUUCACUCCCCCCCCAGUUCCUGGGUUAAAGCCACUCUAUCAGAACGCUCCAUAUGGGCUGGGCUCCGCCCCCAUCUUCCAGACGCCACAGCCGCUGUCUCAGGACUGCAAUGACUCAACGCCCAAGAUGGGCUUCUCUGAUUGGUCAGCUCCGUAUGAGUCCACCCAGGGGGGGAGUCGACUACCCAACCAUCACACCACCACCCAGUCUGGACCCUCGCCAUCCUCCUCUUCAUCAUCAGAUGGAGAUGAAGCCAAUGACAGCAAUGCAAACCAUCUGACUGACAAGCCCUCUCGGUGGGAGGAUCCUGCUGGAAGAGGGGCGUUGACCUCUGGGGAUGGUUCCCAGGGCAACGGGAGUGGGUCAAACAUUCCAUCACUGUUGUCGAUGGCAACACGGAGUCACAUGGACAUCACUACACCACCACUGCCUGAGGUCAGUGCUGAAGUUCUUCGUGUAGCUGAACACAGACACAGAAGAGGACUAAUGUACCCCCAGAUUUACCACAUUUUGACCAAGGGAGAAAUGAAGAUGCCAGUGUGUAUAGAGGAUGAGUGUAACUCUGAGCUGCCUCCUGCCUCUCUGCUGUUCCGUGCUGCCAGGCAGUACGCCUACGGAGUCCUUUUCAGUUUGGCUGAAACACAUCGCCGCUUGGAGAGGCUCGCCCUGCGCAAGAGGACCCCCCUAGAAGUUCCUCCAGUGAUUGUGAAAGAGUGGAGCUGUGGGAAGGCCAAGUCAGCGCUGACCCCAGAGCUGGUUCUGGCUCUGUGUUUCCGGGAGUGGACCUGUCCCAACCUGCGACGCCUGUGGUUGGGUCGAGCUAGCGAGGACCGCUCCAGGAGAACCAGGGCCUUCCUGGCGUGCCUUCGCUCCGACUGCCCAGCCCUCCUCAACCCAGCACAGGUCCCUCAGCAUCUGCUGCUUAUGUGCUGCGUGCUCAGGUAUAUGAUGCAGUGGCCUGGCGGGAGGAUCCUCCAGAGACAUGAGCUCGAUGCCUUCCUGGCUCAGGCUGUUUCCAGUCAGCUCUACGAGCCUGACCAGCUACAGGAGCUCAAGGUGGAAAAGGUGGAUGCCCGCGGCGUGCAGCUGGCUGCUCUCUUCAUGGCUGGCGUUGACACAGCAUUAUUCAUCAACGAUGUCUGCGGCCAGCCGUUGCCAUGGGAACACUGCUGCCCUUGGGGCUUCUUCGACGGCAAGCUGUUUCAGAGCAAACUGGCUCGGGCCGGCCGCGACCGGGCCGCUCUGCUGGACAUGUGUGAGGGUCAGGAGGAGCUGGUGUCAAAGGUGGAGAAGAUGCGUCAAGCCAUCCUAGAAGGCAUCAACCUGUCCCGCCCUCCUCCUCCUCCUCCUCCUCUUCCACCUCCUGCCUUCCUCUCUCCCGCCAUGGUGUCCCCGUUCUAUGCCAUGCCUCCUCUCUACCCACCCCGCCCCAUGGGAGGGAUCCCUCCACAUCAUCACCCUCAUCAUCCUCAUCACCCUGCCCAACACAGACCAAGAGCUUUUCCAGGAAUUCAGUCCAUCCCCCCACAAGGAGGGAAACUGGAGAUAGCUGGAAUGGUGGUGGGCCAGUGGGCUGGGAACAAACCAGUUCGAGGGAGAGGGGGCUUCAGCAUGCAGGUGGUCUCAGUAGGAGCAGGAAGAGGGAGAGGAAAGGAAAUUCCAGCUAAAAUGAAGGGAGGGAAAAAGGUCGGCAGCAGACCUCAGACGUCGACAUCCCCUCCCUCCAGCAGCCCCCCGAAGCCAUCGGAGGAAGCGGUGUCCACGCCAGAGACUGCAGCUCAGCAGCUGAACGGCGGCUCCAUGGCCUCCAUCAGCCAGCCUCUGGAGCUGGCCCUUCUGGCCCAGCCAAAUCCAUGUGCCUUAGCCAGCAGAGACAACCAAUCAGAGGGGGCAGAGGUGGAGCCCCCCUGUUGCCUUGACGACUGCCCAUCAGAUGGAGCACUACAGAAAGAGGAGUGAUGGCAUCACUGCCAGAAUGCACUGCUCUCAGAGAGUUUUCUGUGUUCGACUGCCUUUCCCUGUUUUUGUAGCCCGUUCUGUUAGCUGUGCAUGCUGUCACAUGGAGCAGAAAUAGCCCGCCCCGCCCCCCCAUCAUCUUGUCUCCUGCUCCAUCUGACAGAUCAAAGCAGUGAACUGUUGCCCCCUUUGAGUUUCUCAUGUGAUUUUACAUUCAAGGUUUUCCAUGAGUACAAAAGCAUAGCUCUCCCCCCAAAGAAAAUCCCAAGCUUCACCUACCCAUAUUCAGAGCAGAGUAAGUACCAAUCCUUCUCACCCCCUCCACUGAAAUGAACUGGAUGUUUAGUUGGGGAAUCUGUACAGUUUUACCUUCUUACAGGUUUUAAUGGUCCCAUUAAGUCACUGCACACCGACGCAAAAUUAAGCCUGUGGUGACUGAGUGGAGGUGGUUACCACGGUUACAGCUGCUGGGCCUGGUUGCUGUGGUCAGUAGUUGUUUAUUGAUGAGACGUUUAGAAUGACUCUGGACAGGAUGGUGUACCAUUCUGUGCAGUGACAGCCUCCCUCCUCCUCCAAAAAACAAAAACAAAACUAACAAAAAAAAACAUAACACACACACACAGCCACACACACACACAAACCCCUUUAGUUAAAUUGAAUAUUGAUUUAUUAUUGAUGACUGGAGCACUUAACAAUUAUAGUGUGCAGAUUUAUUCUGAGCUGUGUAGCAGAGCUCAGCUGUGCUCAGAGACCCCAUGAAUUUAUGCACCUUAAGCCCUGAAGUAUGCAACAUUAAUGUCCCUUUUGUCCCAAAGCUUUGAUUGUAUUAACCCAGCAGAAGCACUUAACGUUGUAUUUAAAGAGAAUAAAUCACAAAAAGCCCCUGUGUGUCCAGCUAACUGACGGCGUGUCCUCCAUGACACGUAGAGCUGCGUUUAAACUUUAUUAUAGACGGCAGAAUGUGAACAGAGUGGUUUCACACAGAGAAGCACUUUGUUUUAGAUUUUCAGCCACACUGGACGGUCCUUCCCCCGCUGGAAUGAAAACGCUGUGGCACCUUCAUGACCCGAGGCCAAAAACAAAGGAUUAACGCUGCCACGUGGGGUAGACCAUGGACGGAGAGGGUGGGAAAACUGCUGCCAGGCAGACAAAUCUUCCACCAGAGAGAGUAUACGUCGUCCACGUCAGAGACUCCAGGAAUCAUUUCAGAGUUGUAUAAAGUUAUUUUAAGAAGCCCCCUCCCUCUCCUCCUCAUCCUCUGAUGGGGCAGCUGUUUGGACAGCUUUCAGCCCUGCACAUCUCUGGUGUGUCACUUUAGAGCAGCAGGAAUUUUGACUCUCUGCUGAUGUUUUAUUAGAGCACUUAUAAACCCCCCUCCCCCAUUUUGACCCCGAUAGGUGUAAUCUGACACAGAAAUGGAAGUUCAUCCUUCUUCCAGGUAACUGGAAGCUCAUCUGCAGGUGUGAAAGUAGUUGACAGGCAGAUGCUGCCUGAGAAAUGCUCAGUAUCUCUAAACUUUCCACUAGCACCUGGAAUCAGCUGAUUCCAGGAAAACGUCAACAAAAAGCACCUUAAACUUUCCACCUUGUUGGUGAUGUCACUCUUUAUGUGCCACAAAGUUGACAUGACUCGUCUGAAACGUGGUUUUAGAGGAGAAAUCCUGACUAUAUCUGUUACUGUAAUCUCAUCAGACACCCCCUCAGCCCUGAGCCUCGGCCUGCGCUCAGCUGUGCUGUUUCUGAUGCCAUCAGACAGCAGAGAUUCAGACGCUAUAUAUUGGAUGUUUUCAGCUGUUAUUAAUCGGACGUUUUCAGCCUUUAUUGAUCAGACUUUUUUAGGUGUUAUUGAUUGGAUCUUAUAGUUGUGCAGACGUUAAUAAGGCUUAGAGCAGGAAACAGCGUGGAGCCCAAACACAGGAUGUAAAAACCAGGCUAGAGAAGCUCACUCCACCGGCCGAUACUACCUCUAGGAUCACUAGAGUCACAUUAACAGAUCUAAGGACAAAUACUCGUAUUACAACAACUAGAAGAUGGCUCCUACACGGCGAACCAGACCACGGUCUGGAGUACGACGCCCUCUCACAAUUUGCUCGCCAUACACACACACACACACACACACACACAUACAUACACACACAGACAGUUUCAGUUGUAUUUGUUACCAGCAGCAUUUAUGAAAUCAAGUUUUACCUUUAGAGAUAAUUUGGUAACAGAUUCUGCUGACGAACUGUCUCCAUGGACGGGUCAGAACCAGAUGGUCAGAACCGGUCGGCUGGUGUCGGCCCUCCACACACACACUUGGAUGUUAAAUCAUGAGUUAGAUAGUUUUUGGGAAAACAAAGUUUUUGUUUUAGUGAAAUAGGUUUAUGAUAAAUUACUUUUUUUUCUAUGCUUUCAACCCCCCACCCCCACCUUCACUUAUUUGCCCUAAAACACCAACCACCCCCCUCCCCCUUCCCUUCCCACAGUCACUUUUAGCUGCCAUUUAAACUGUACACCCCCCCCCCCCCCACCCCCACCCCCCACCCUUCCCCAGGCAUCUCGGUCAUCCCAUGGUUCUAUGCCCCCCCCCGCUAACAGGCUCUAUAAACUUUGAUAAUCAGUUUCUGUUUGUAUCUAGCCAGCGUGAAAAAGAAAAAAUGAAACCAGUUAAUCCAGUUGUGGAAAUGAUGAUGUUUUAACUAUUUUUGAUCUUCUAACCUUCUACAUGGCUUCAGUUAGCACUGAGACACGCUUAGCCCGCUAGAGGUCUAACUUUUUACCUGUAUGUUACCUGGCCGUUAUCUUCACCAUUUAUUCUAUAUGGACGUAAAUAUUUCACCCUGUUUUUCAUCCAAGACGUCGUCUGCACUUUGUUUCGUUUUGUCCCUGAUGAAAAUUUAACUUGUUUUUAUUCCAAGCUCGACUCUGCACAAAGCUGCAGGACUUCUGGAAGAGUCCAGAACCAUAGUACCCCCCCCUUCCCAAAAAAGAAAAAAAAUAUACGUACCCACCCUGAAAUUUUGAGCUCCAAUACGAAGUUGUCUGAUGAAUUAAAGAAAAGAUGUUUCAGCAUAUGUCUGACAAUCUGUGGGUGUUGUAUUUCUGGUGGCCGUGGAGACAGACGGGGAAAGGAAGUCACAUGAUAAACAGGCAGGUUUGGGUCUGUGUGUGAGUUGUAUUCAGGAGCUGUGGGAAGAUCGAUGUUUACUUCCUGAAUCCAGCAUCUGACACCCGUUCAGCUGUGCAGGGGGGGGUUUCCCUGUAAAUGUUGAAUUUUGUCUCCAGGACUCUGUCUUGUCCUGCUGUUAGAGGACAGAGGGUGAAUCUUCCUCCAGACAGUUUGUUUUCCUGUUGAUCUGAAGUCAGAAGCAGCUGAUGACCUGAAAAGUGACCAGAAGAAAAUGGCUUAAAAAUGUUGAAUCUGACUGAAGGAUGUGAAGUAAAUGUUUGUUUAUCAAAGACAAGUUCUGUGUUUGGACACUUCAUCCAGUUUGGAUAGAAGUUGAUAUUAAAUGUUGGUUUUAGGUGGAAAACAAGGAGCCUAUUAGAUGUUUUUCUCCACGAAGCCAUAAAAAAGCCCCUGUCCCUCCCUGCUUUGUGGAAUGGGAGAACAUGAAUCCUCUGAGGUUUUCUUCCUGUCGUUGUAUUCUUGUCCUCUUUGGAUGAAGGUCCCUAAUUUCAGUCUGUCUCUACACCACCCACUCCCCCCUCCACCCACUGAGUUCUAAACUCCAGGACCCCCGUCUGUUUUUUGAGAGCAUUAGUCACGUUGAUACAUGAGUACUUAGCCCCCCUCCCAAACUUUGUGCAGCGGA